CAAAAUCCACAUAUUUACGUUUUGAAUUCAUGAUCCGGCACUUGAUCAUUACAUUCAUUUCUUAUUAGACUUCGUGAAAAACAAAUCUGUUGAUUAUUUUUUCCUUAUUGCUGACAUAGUGAUUGAAUGUAGGAAAGAUGACUGCUGAAUGGAGAUGCGUUCGUCGCAAUCAGGACGAAUGCCGCCACUAUCUGGACCAAUUCCAGGUGUUCGAUCACCCCCUUAAACAAACCACAGUCACGGUUUUGGAAAGCAAAGGAACACGCGUGAAGCUAGCAAGCCAUAUAAAUGAAAACUGUGGCGGUGGCCCUCCAGCUAUCUCGAUGGAUCCUCUCAGUCUGGCCCUGGACGGAUCAGAUCCAUUGAGUCAAUUCGCCCGCCAGGAAUCCAGCCAAGAUCCGCUCUCGCAGAUGGCUGCCGAAUUUGAGGGUGCGUUGAAUAUAUCCUCGAAAGCGUCUCAGAGGAAACGAGAAGUGACUAAUCUGCUGGAUAUGGAUCUAGUGGAACCAUGGUCUGCGCGGAGGAUCGCUAUCUUGAGCAAGUACACCACCAAUGAAAAGUUAUCAAUUGUGACGAGUUUUCUUAGCGGAGGAGAGACAAUCAAAUCUGCCACUACAACUAUGUCCGAAAAGGUGAAGUAUCGGUUGGAACAGUUGGAUGAGUUCGAGGAGGGAACCGUGCGCCAAAUGUUGAACCUUUCCCAGCAAGAGUACGUCCUCAAAAUCGAACAGUUGAACCACGAGCUGGUUCAAGCUUGGAACACUGAUCAACGCGUGAAGGCGCUGAAAAUAGCCAUACAGUGUUCCAAACUGUUGGCAGACACUUCAGUUAUCCAAUUUUAUCCCUCGAAAUUUGUUCUAAUCACUGAUAUUCUGGAUAUUUUCGGCAAACUAGUGUACGAGCGACUGUUAGUUAAAGGAAAGCAUGUACCACCGGGGGGCAAAAAACUUACCGAUCUUCAGGAGGAUUUCACCCCAGAUAUGGUACCCGAAACGGCCAAAGAAACGUGCCAAAACUGGUUCUACAAAAUUGCAUCGAUUCGUGAGUUGCUUCCAAGAUUAUACGUUGAAAUGGCUAUCCUGAAGAGUUAUCGUUUUCUCUCGUCGAACGAAUUCAACACAAUCCUGAUGCGGUUGAGUCAUAUGAUUCGGGGCGUUGGCGAUCCGCUGGUGGCAGCCUAUGCGAGAUGCUAUUUGUGUCGGGUUGGAAUGGCCGUUACCACUGACCGAGAGUAUAUAAGGGAGAAUCUACACGACAUUCUCCUAGUUUAUCAUACAAUCUUUAACGGUGGCAUCCGGGCGGAAAUCGCCAAGCAUAGAAUCACAUUGAAUGGUUAUAUUUCCUUGUUCCUACCGGCGAUUGAUUGGAUAAUGCAGGGUGUUACAAUACUUAGCACCGAUUCCCAGCUGGAUGACGUAUUGAGACGCUGUCGGGAGAAGAAGAAUCCGGCACUGCUGAUGCAAUCUAUCAUGCAUUCAUUCAGACCGGAUUUUAUCGCCUUGCGUGCCGUGCAAUUUGUAGAUAUAUUGUCCACAAUUUCGGUGGAGGGCUUGUCCCGGGGACAAUUGCUGAGACUUUUGGGAGGUAUUUUGAGCCAAUCGCCUCCACCAAUCGAGCAAAGGGCACCGGUUUUGAACGCCGCCUGGAGAACCAUUAGCGCAAUGGGAAACGUCGAGGAGUACAUUCAGUGUGCGGAGAUGUGGACCCAGUACACUAGUCAGCAUUUUGGGCUUCGGGAAGUUAAUGCGUUGAUGGGUGAUAUUCUGUAUCACAUGACUCCGAACAGAGCCUACGAGCGUCACUAUCACGAAUUGCAAGUGAUUAUCGACAAGAUUGCCUCGAAUACGCAGGAUGUUCACGGGGUGCUCGCAUUGGACAAUUUCCUCCCAAUGUUGGAUUUGUUUCAGAAAGAGUCCGUUAAAUUGGAUGUCUGUAAGAAUAUACUAACGAACUACCGCGCAACAUCCGGCGACCUGUAUAUCAGUGAUCCUGUUGUCACCAAUGCACUAAUGUAUAUCAGCAAAGUGUUGAAUGACUCUGUCAAUGCUUUAACCAGCGAGGACGAGCUUCGUCAGAUCAGCAGCCUUAUCAGUCAUUUUGUUCACAAGGUUGACUUUGGGCACGACUUCGAGCAACAGCUUUCAUUUUACGUCGAAGCCCGAUCAGCUUUUUCCAACCUGGACCCGGUAUACUCUACACUGAUUCACUGUGUUAACAGGCUGGCAACCAGCACCAGACGCAUCGUGAAAGGUCAACACACGAACAAAACCGCCGCAUUCGUGAAGGCUUGUGCCGCCUAUUGUUUCAUUACGAUUCCGUCCAUCAUCGACGUUACCACCCGAAUGGAAUUGUAUCUUCAGUCGGGACAGGUUGCGCUGCUUAACGUGUGCUUACAGCAAGCCGAUUCGUGCUUUGAAGCUGCCUUGUGUUUAAUACCGGAGAUACCCAAAACCUAUGAACAGGAUGGGAAAAUUCAGUCCACCGAACCGUUUCUCAAAUCAUUCCUCGUGAACUUCCUCUCCACGCUGGUUAUCGUUCCGGAUAAUCCCACCCAAGGCGUGCUGUAUCUGCUCCGGUUGUUGCUUGAUCAAAUCAAGAUGUAUUCUUUCGAAUCCAAUUCGAAUAUGCUUGCCACCAUUUACUUGCAUGUGUUGGACUUUCUCUCGGUAGCUGCCCAGGAGGUCUAUCCCUAUCACAUUGUGAAUGUGAUAUCGAACGAUGAGCUGUACGGUUCGGAUCCAAAAUUUUUGGCCGAAAUCCACAGCCUGGGCUGUGAGGUGUGCGAUCAGUUACUGCAAAUCCUCAAAGAGCUGCUCGAAUCCAACUCCCACCGACAGCAAUCACAGCUUGCGCUGGAGUUGUUCCUGAAAAUCAUCACCGGGGCCGAUCUCACCGUGGAGCGCAUGUUUACGCUCACGUACAAUCUGUGGAAUCUUGCAGUCAAGCAUCGAAGCUUGCUGGACGCGAAGCAGUUGCAAAAAAUACUCUCAUAUACCGAACAUCUCGCGGAAGUGACUCAACUGGAAUCGCAAAAACGUUGUCUUCAACAUCUGCUGGAGAAAAUGAAGUCGCGUUUAUAAUUGUAAAGAUUUGUAAAAAAUGGGUUUUUAUUGAUUACCAGUGCAACCGUAUAUUUCAUCCACACGAUAUUCAUCAAAAUGUAGCAUUCCGUAUGAAAGAACAAUAUAUAAUAUUUAAUCACAAUGUUAACACUCA